AUGCAGGAAAAUCCUAUUAUUCAAUAUAUAUUAGUAAAUAAAGAAAUUAUAGAUAAAAAAUGGCCAUUAGGAUCUGUAAUCGCCCAAGCUUGUCAUGCCUGUGUUGCUGUGAUAGCAGAAAACAUGGAUGACGAAAUUGUUAAAGAUUAUUUAUCUCCAGAACAUAUAAAUAAUAUGCAUAAAGUUAUAUUAAAAAUUGAUGAUACAAAUGAAAUAAAGAAUUUAUCUAGUAUUCUAGAUAAGGAAUCCUUAAAAUAUAAAAUAUGGACUGAAUAUCCAGAAAACAUUUUCACAGCUAUUGCCUUGAAACCAUAUUAUAAAAACACUGUACGUGAUUAUUUUAAAAAAUAUCCAUUAUUAAGAAAGUUAUAA